UGUCUCUCCGUCAGGCUGCUCCUCCAGAGUCCUGACGACGCACCGGGGACAGAGGAGCGAUGAAGUAAACUCGGAGUUUUCUCUUCCACGGGAUAUUUAUGGAAACAACAGUUCAGCGGCUAAACUCUAACUUCCGUCAAUGAAAACUUGUCUGGUUGCGUUUACGGAGCGCGGAGACAUUUCGUCGUGCGUGAGAAGGAAAGUUUAAAUCCCCGUGCUGACAGGGAGGAAAGGUAAAACUGCUCUGCCACCGCGCCUCCGCGUUAGAAGCCGCUUCACGAUAAUGGCUGGUUUGAGCAAUGUCCACAUGAAAACCCUGGAGGACCUGACGCUGGACUCGGGCUACGGGGCAGGGGACUCCUGCAAAUCCCUCAGCCUGUCCUCCUCCAAGUCCAACUCGCAGGCGUUCAUGACGGCCCCUCACCGGGGCAACUGGUGGUACUACUCCGGCUCCAUGAACAGCAGGAACAACAGCUGGGACACGGUCAACACUGUCCUGCCCGAGGACCCGGAGGACAUCUUCUCCAAGUGUCCUCGCUUACCUGAGCUCGAAGAGUUCCCCUGGACCGAGGAGGAGGUGGUCAAGAUUCUGCGCAAAGUGGCCGAGAGUAUGAGCAUGAAAGCGGGACACACACCUGUGUUCUCCCCGGAGGCCGUGCGGCGGCUGUCCGCCCUCCUGCGCAGGGCUUUGAUCCGCAUCUCCAGAGAAGCGCAGCGGCUCAGCGUCAUGCACUGCCGCUGCACACGCUUUGAGGUGCAGAGCGCCAUGAGGCUGGUGCUCAGCUGGGCCCUGGCCGACCACUGCGUCUCUGCAACGGUCAAGGCCAUCUCCAUGUACAGUAUGAGCGCCGGGGAGCUGCUGAGGAAGGGCAAAUCCGCCCGGUGUGGCCUCUCCUUCUCCGUGGGACGCUUCUUCCGCUGGAUGGUGGACACCCGCAUCUCCGUGCGCAUCCACGAGUACGCGGCUAUAUGUCUCACUGCGUGCAUGGAGGCUCUGGUGGAGGAGAUAGGAGCCCGGGUGCUUGUAGCCGAGAGGAGUCACUCGGGGCCGGAUUCGGGGUCAGGUUGCGCCUCAGUGAGCGCAGAGGCUCUGGAGGUGGUGGUGAACAAUGACGCGGAGCUGUGGGGGGUCCUGCAGCUCUAUGAGCACCUGAUCUGCGGGAAGAACGCCAAUGGGGUUUUGUCUCUUCCGGCACAUUUCAGUCCAUACACGGAGAACCAGCAGUCGUCUGUAGACAGCAGGGAGGAUGCCUAUGCCCAACUGGAGCUGAGGACGUUGGAACAGUCCCUGCUUGCUACCUGUGUGGGCAGCAUCUCUGAACUCAGUGACUUGGUGUCCCGCGCUAUGCACCACAUGCAGCGUCUGAGCUCAGUGCGCCCGGGGCUGAGUCCGUCCCGCCACGCCCGUCCCCAGCAGCCCGUGUCUUGGUCGCCCGAUGCCCUCCACACCCUUUACUACUUCCUGCGCUGCCCACAAAUGGAGUCCAUGGAGAAUCCCAACCUAGAUCCCCCACGCAUGGCACUUAGCAAAGAGAGGCCGUUCCUGCUGCUGCCCCCUCUGAUGGAGUGGAUGAGAGUGGCCAUCGUUCACGCCGAGCAUCGCAAGAGUCUGCUGGUGGACAGUGAUGAUGUCAGGCAGACCGCGCGGCUCCUCCUUCCCGGCCUGGACUGUGAACCCAGACAGCUGAAGCCCGAGUGUUGCUUCAGCUCGUUCAAACGUCUGGACUCCAGAGCGGCCACAGACAAGUUCCAUCUCGACUUAGGUUUUCGGAUGCUCAACUGUGGGCGCACAGACCUCAUAGGCCAAGCUAUUGAUUUGCUGGGGCCAGACGGCGUCAACAGCAUGGAUGACCAGGGAAUGACCCCUCUGAUGUACGCGUGCGCAGCUGGAGAUGAGGCUUUAGUCCAGAUGUUGAUCGAUGCCGGGGCAAACCUUGACGUGGCGGUUCCACCAUGCUCUCUGAAGCACCCCUCUGUGCAUCCCGACAGUCGUCAGUGGGCAGCGCUAACCUUCGCUGUGCUACACGGACACAUCUCAGUUGUGCAGCUCCUUUUGGAUGCGGGGGCUAAUGUGGAGGGGGCCGCGGUCCGCAACGGACAGGAGAGCACAGCAGACACGCCGCUGCAGCUGGCUUCAGCAGCAGGCAACUACGAGAUGGUGAGUUUGCUUCUGGCACGAGGCGCCGACCCCUUAUCCAAGAUCCACGAUGGAAAUGCCCUUACGUCCUCUCUGUAUGAAGACAUGAACUGCUUCAGUCACGCCGCCGCACACGGACACAGGAAUGUGCUGAGAAAGCUACUGACUCAGCCCAAACAAGUCAAAGAGGAUGUCCUGUCUCUGGAGGAGAUAUUAGCUGAAGGGGUGGAGGGUGAGGAUGCUGGAAUCUGCCCUUUCCUCCCUCUGUCUCCCCUUCCUACACCUUCUUCUGGCCCCGGGGCCCUGCCAGAGGUGGGCAUCCCCAAGCUCUGCAAGGCCAGGAUGAAGGCUCUGCAAGAGGCCAGCUACUACAGCGCUGAGCACGGGUACUUGGAUGUCACCAUGGAGCUACGAGCUAUGGGUGUGCCCUGGAAACUCCAUGUGUGGCUGGAAUCGCUGCGUUGCGCCCAGCAGCAGUCCAGAACGGGAGUGACCCUUUCACUCCUCAGAGAGUUCACCACCAUCAGAGAGGAGGACUACUGUGAGGAGCUGGUCACCACAGGCCUGCCCCUAAUGUUUAACAUCCUGCGCACCACUAAGAAUGAUGCCAUUAUCCAACAGUUGGCAUCUAUUUUUAGUCACUGUUUCGGCCCAGCGCCCCUUCCAGCCGUCCCCGAGAUGAAGGCAACUCUUUCAGCGCAGCUGGACCCUCACUUCUUGAAUAACCCGGAAAUGUCAGAUGUGACGUUUGUGGUGGAGGGGAAACCGUUCUACGGCCACAGAGUGCUGCUGAUCACCGCGUCUAACAGAUUCAAGUCCCUGCUGGCGUCUUCUGGGCCAGAUGGAAGCCCCAACAAGGAGGUGGAGAUUGGAAACAUCAAGUACAACAUUUUCCAGAUGAUGAUGUCAUACCUGUACUGUGGAGGAACAGAGUCACUGAAAACCAAUGUGCCUGACUUGCUGGAGUUGUUGUCAGCUGCCAGUCUCUUCCACCUGGGGGCGCUCCAAAGACACUGUGAACUCAUCUGCUCUCGCCACAUCAAUCUGGAUAAUGCUGUCAGCAUCUACAAGACCGCUAAGGUCCAUGGUUCACUGGAGUUGAGCUCUUUCUGUGAAGGUUACUUCUUAAAGCAGAUGCCCGCUCUGCUGGAGAGAGAAGGCUUCAGGAGCCUGCUGUUGGGACCACCCGCGGCCCGACAAGGCAACAGCUCCACCUCUACCCUGGUUCACAGCCGGGGAGACUCACCUCUGGAGGAGCUGGAAGCCACCUUAGCUCAACGACUACGCUCUCUCUACGUCACCUCCCGAGUGUGAGGAGGAGAGGACGCAUGGUGAAGAGAAACAGGACAGAUGCACGUGGGGAAUUGUGGCAGCGUUUGUGCGAAAAUAAACUUCCAACUUCCAGCCAGAUCAUUCUCGUGCCACAUAUUUGACAAUUAAUGUCCAACCUUUGAAUGGGAGGAAAACUGGACAAUGUGACUGUUUUGUCUGAGGCUCGGGAAGCUUGGAGCGUCAGAUGGGUUCAACAGGUGGCAAGUCUGAACCUUGAAACACUGCUGCCCUCUAAUGGUCAAAACCGGCAAGAAGAAACGACUGCCUUGAAGGACUGGGGUGAAUGGAAGUCUGCUGGUUGUGAGUGAAGCUGUUCAGUGUGAAUAGACUGGAUGCAUGUCUAAAGAAUGAAGUGAGGAAGCCAUGCUGGACUUUUGGCUUAGUCACAUUUUACUGACCAAUGCAGAGUGGGAGUAGGAGAGACUGUGAUCGUGAUGCAUUGAUGUAGGUGCUGGAUUAACAAAUGUACUUUGUAUGUAAGUAUAACUGUUUUUUAUUUUGCGAGAAACACUUGCUAAAAAGUGGGAUGGACAUUUUCUAUUUAAUGAGGACAGAAAAAGAUGUGAGAGUAUUUAACGGGGUGUUCCCUUUUUUAUUGUGUUUGUAAUAGAAGCAAAUAAUUAAUAUUAUUGUUUUGGAAAGUUGCUUUUGUGUAGCGGAGGUUUUUGUCCGGGUACACUUAACAGUUAAUGAAGCUUCUAGUAUGCUAAGGUUUCAAGCUUUUACACAGGCCCAGCUGCCAGAAUCCAACACGGGGAUUGGACGAGAGAAAUACUGUUGAAAUGCUGAUUCUUGUAAUAAACCUGGGUAACAAACGUU